CGUCAUGCUGGCUGAGACGGUCAGAUGUCGGAAGCCCCGCCCAUUGCACUACCGUAUAUGGUGUAUAGCGGGCGAUUCUUAAAGGGACCGCUGCAGCACGCCUCCUCUUCUUCUCUUACCAGCCAGGUUGCAUGCUGUGUAAUCUUCCUCCUCUGAACAAUGUCUGACAAACUCACCUACAAAGUUGGUAAGCGCUGCAAUGCAAGCUUAUAGGCUGUAUCACUGCACCUCUGCAGCUUUUAAAAAGAAAAAAAAAAUAUUUUUUAUUACCAUUUAAAUUUUAGCCAUGAAAUAUCCUCCCAUGCUUCCUUACCAUGCUUUCUCCCUUGCAGACAGACUGUAUUCCCAUUAAAGCAACAGUUUGGUUAUUCUCAUAAGGAUUAAGAAUGCAACAUUUAUAGAAUGUUGGGUUCCUUACCAUUCUGUAGGAGACUUACUUAUUUAUUUAUAUAUACACACCCACCACGUUAUCUUACAAGUCUUUGGUUCUUGUUUUUUGCUGUUAUUAAUGCAUGUAAUCAAGAAAUAUGACCCAUUAACAGGUUAAACUGUGUUGUGUGGUUUUUAUUUUAAUAUAAUAGUGGGGUGAUGAGAUUUCUCUAUCCAGCAAACCAGGGAUGGUACAGCACACAUGUUUAUAUGGGUUUAGCAGUUGUAUUCAAUUUAAAUGAGUAAUGCAGCUGUUGCAUCCUUUCAAGCACCUGUCAGGCAACCUGCUUUUAAAAUCUCACUGUAUUAUCCAAUGCAGGAGUGCAGGCUAAGCAGCCCACGUUAAAAAAAAAAAAAAAGCUUUAUGUUGUAUAUCUGAUUAUUGCUUACUCACUGUGCAAUGUAUGAUCUGAUUAUUUUGUUCCCUCUGUCUCUGUUGUAUAACAGGUUGUAUGUGCCCUAAAGCCAGGGAUCUUACACAAUUAAGGCCACGUUAAAAUCCCUAUCGAUCAGCAUGCUUCUUUUUUUUCACCCAGCUCAGCAUGACCGAGGUUUCUGGGGGAUGUAGUUUCUAUGUUGGAAUGCCUAGUGAAAUUCUAUAGACAUGGGAACUACAACUCCCGGCAGGCACCGAGGGCAGGCAGCUGUCACAUGUAAGAGGAGGUGACAGGCUGACAGAAGCCAGACAGACUUGCAAGGCAGCUAAUCAGAGCAGCUCUAUGGGGGGAACAAAAACUAUACAGUAUCCUGUUUUAUAUGAAUUAAAUAGACUCAUUCAAUGUGAGCAUUUAACCAUGUAUUAGGGUGUUUGCCACUAUCUGACAUUUAAAGUUAAAAUAAAUCUAAGGAUAUUUUGCAGCUGAUAAAUCUGUUAUUUUAAUAAAAAAAAAUAUAUAUAUAUAUAUAUAUAUAUAUAUAUAUAUAUAUAUAUAUAUAUAUAUAUAUAUAUAUAUAUAUAUAUAUAUUUUUUUUUUAAUUAAUUAAUUAAAUAUCCACCAAUUUACGCCUUUCCACAUAUGAUAUUAUCAGAACAUCUCCGUAUAUAUCCCACAUGCAUGAGGUUUACAGGUCCACCAUGUUGUGUGUUUAUUUUUAAUUUAUUUUGUUUUUGGUAGUGUUGACUGUGAAUGCGUAAAACGUCCUCCCAUGGAAAAGGUGUAAUUCAAAUACUGCAAAUGAAAAUUGUAGAGUGUUAUUCACUAAAGUGUAACAUGUCAGGAAUUCAAUGUAGUUUUGAACUUGUUUGAAUUAUUACCAUUUGUGUUGUGCUGCGUAUGCCAUACAUUCUCCCCUAAUUGUACAGCUCUGUGAAAUAUGUUGGCGCGUUAUAGAUGCCAGUAAUAAAAUCAAUCCAUAAAAUGUUUGUUUUCUGCACCAUUCAUCCAGUAAUGCAGUGGCUGAUCCUCUUAUUCAACCCAACGCUUCUAAUAACAAAAGUAUUGGGGACUUACUGGGCAUCUUCUCAGCCAAUUGGAUGCUUCUCAUGCAGAGCACUAAAUCCAAUGCUUCUCUUUAUAAAUAAAUUAAUAAUAAAAUAAAAAAAUACAAGUAUUUUUUACGAAGGCACCAAAGGAAGGUUUUCAAUUUGCCAUCCGAGCGAGCAUCCAGACAAAUGUAAACAUUGCGGUUUUGUUAUAGAGGCAUCAAUGUUUACAUUUAUCAGACUGCAGGGAAAGGGUCUAUGCACCAAAACCACUGCAUGUAGAUUUUACCACAUACUCUAGAUGUAGUGGGUUUUAUUGAUUGAUGUCGUUUAUAAACUGCUUCCAGCAUAUCCCACUGUGGUCUCUGUUUCACAAGGUUUAAAGGGACACCGUAGGCACUGUAUCUGCUUCAUCUCAUUAAACUGGUUAUAGUGUCUGGAGUCCUCUGGUACCAUCAUUUCUUUCAGCGUUAAACCGUUUUUAACGCUAAACGAGAGUCCCCAGCAGUCCAUCCCCUCUGAUGCUAUGGCUUAUGAGGAGGUAUUAGCCUGGACAGCAAUGGGCAGCUGUGAUUGGCUGAGAGUGUCAGCUGACUGCUUUUAUCCUGUCAGAGCUCCAACUGACGGUAUGACCACAAGGAAUUGUGUAAUCUCUGCCUUAGCUACCAAUACAGAAAGGGCCGGACUGUGGGUGGCCAGGGACUCUUUUAUUUUGUAGCAUACUGCACAAAUAUGGUACAACACUGAAUGGAGGGACGGUGCCAGGGCACUCCAGGCAGUGUAACCAAAUCAAAGAGACAAAAAUGGUUAUAGUAACUAAAGUAUCCCUUUAAUCCCCGAAGCAGUGGUGUUUUGUAAUUAUGUAAAAAAGUAUUUUUUUUGAAAAGUGUUCUAAUACACUAAAAGAGAAGCAGUCGCCAUGGAAACCAGUGGAACUAGCAGGCUUAUUGUAUUAGUAACUGUCACUUUUCCACAUUUGCACCAAUUUUAAAGAGACAAUUUUUGUAUAUAAAAAUUGUUAAAUAAAUGUAUAAACUCUAAUAUAUCUUACGUUCUGACUGAAAGAAGAAACUGCUUCCAGAAAGUGCACUCCAACCCUCCUUUUGUAAAAUACAAAAUCUAUCUUGAAUGAGUGUGUGACAAAAUCACAACCUGAGAGUCAAAGGAACAGGUUGAAGAAGAAGGGAGGAAAACGGUUUAAUGCAUUUGUCUGCUCGCUUUAAGCUGUGUAUAGUUAGUAACCAUUUGCUGAAAUAUUGCUUCGAAUCCUGAGCAGGUUCACUCCCUUGAUUACAUGCCCAUUGCUGCACAAAACGUUUAAUUGUACAAAUGCUGACAUUGUCUGCUCCUUCCAGCUGACAUCAGCCUGGCAGAAUGGGGCCGGAAGUCGAUUGAGAUUGCGGAGAAUGAGAUGCCCGGAUUAAUGAAGAUGAGGGAAAUGUACUCUGAGACCAAGCCUCUGAAAGGAGCAAGGAUUGCUGGGUGCCUCCACAUGACGCUCCAGACCGCAGUGCUUAUAGAGACUCUCACGGCACUCGGAGCUGAGGUAAUGUCUGUGAUCUUGCAGUUUUUUUGUGUACACCGUAAAGUCUGCAAUAAGUUUGGCAAUUAUGUCUGGUAAACAAUAACUGCUUGGUAUCAGCUAAAUUAGCGAUCUAGUAUCAUGAAGAGUGCAGCCAAGGUAUACUGCCCUUACUCCAUGAUGCACUUGGGUAUCUGCUUCCAAAGUGCCUUCCAAGAACAUGUGCACUCAGACGUUCCUCCUAUAAUGUCCGCACAGCUACUCUCAUUAAGGGUGUUGAAAUAAUUUGGAUCGUAUGUGGAUGUGCUUUGUAAAUUCAAAAAUAAAAUGUUGGGUAAAUCAAACAUGUAGCUCAUUCUGCAACUUACCGUUGGUUUUAUAUUCUGUAUGCAAAAAUCCUGGUCUGGGUACAGUGUCCCUGUCCUUCUAACCAUUUUUAGAAAGAAUCUGCAGUGUUUACAUGGCUCUCAGUAAAACUUGUUUGUGAUGUGGAAGCCACCGUUAAAAAGCAUCGAUUCAAUGCUUUUGUGUGGGAAAACUCGAUUGCACACUAUGCGAAUGCACAAUAGGUCCCUCAGUGCUACGCUAUGAGGAGCCUUGAAUUGGACUAUAGUGGUGGAGACCAUGCCUCUUCCAUGAUGUCACAUGAGGUGGAGAGUUAAGUCUUCCCCAUGUAGUCUCCGUGCUGGAAAUUAAUUUUUUUUUUUUAAAUAUAUAUAUAUAUAUAUAUAUAUAUAUAUAUAUAUAUAUAUAUAUAUAUAUAUAUAUAUAUAUAUAUAUAUAUAUAUAUAUAAAUAUAUAAUUUUUUUUUUUUUUUUUAUAUUACAGGCAGGAGGGGUGAGUCUGUGUGAUUUUUGGGGACAGGAGCACAAUAAUUAAUGCUAUCAUGUUCCUUUAUUAACCUAACAGUUGAGAAAAAUGAUGGCAAUUAAUGACAUACAUAUGUAUUAAAGGUCAUUUUAACAUGAAUUUUAUCUAUACGCUGUGCUGGCAGGAUGAUUAGUGAAUGUACAGAUAGCUAAUCAUAAAGCAAAAUAAUCAAGGUCAGAACAAUUGCUUAAUAGACUUGCAGAAACAGACCUUUUUUGUUCUUUUUCAACUAUCAUAACAAGGGCUGCUUAAAAUACUAGUUGAACAGAUUAUCAUAAAAUGUAAACUUUCUGACUGCACACUAAUUUUGCUAAGUCACAUUUUGUAUUUAGGAGUUUGCAAUCUUACUAGGAAAAAGUACAAUACAGAAUAGAUUAUAGCAUAUGCAGGCUGAGCAUAUAGCUUACUAGCAGCUAAACACCUGGAACUGGACAUAUGGUGACAAUUUAUAUUAAAAUGUUUUUAAUCUGUUUCCUUCCAGUUUUGGGUUUUCUGUAACACUCAGGGUUGAAGUAGCAGUUAUAACUUAAAAUCCAGCUGGUCAAACAUAAAGGAAACUCUAGAUCUGGGGUUCCCAAUUAAUUUUUCCUGUGGAACCCUUUGACAGUGUAUCCACAUUGUGGAAACAACCCCCCUCCCCCUGUGGUUUUUUUUUUAUUUUUAUUUUUUUGUGUAUGUGCUGGUGUGUCACGGCCAUUUUGUUUCCUGAAAUUUUGGCGGAACAGCAACUGGGGGAAACGCUGCCUUAGAUGAAAUGUCAGGAAAUUCUUGUUAACUUGGCGUGUGUGUGUGUGUGUAUGUGUAUAUAUGUGUGUGUGUGUAUAUAUAUAUAUAUAAUUUUUCGUAUUCUGCGUAAACAAUAGUGCAAAGGCGCUGCCAACAUAUGGCGGUUGUUAAAAUAUUGUGCAAAAACACAAUAGUACAGAAGAGCCCUAUGACAAGGCAGAAUCCCUUUGGUUACCAAAGCUAAAGAAGAGAGUGAAACUGAAAGGGGGAAAGGAAAUAUAUGGAUCUGAAAGCCAAGACAGAAGGAGGGCCAGCAAGCUUCCCCUUGCUCUGGUGCCAGUCUCUCGCAACCAAAGUGUUCAUUGUUUAAAUAGUCAAACCAUGGGGACCACCAUCUUAUUUCGAAUAGUUUCAUAAAGAUACUCAUUGACUGUUGGUAUUCCAUAAAAAUUCAAACACAGUCAAGAUACCUAAUUUGUCUUGUAAGAAAUUUUUGAUUUAAACAUUCCUUUUUUUUAAUUUAUUUAUUUUUUAAUAUAAGCAUUCACACUACACUUUAUUGUCCACAAAGGGAUUUAAGCAAAGUAAGUUUUAUUCUCAUUUAAGUAGUUCCAUGCAUUUACUUCAAACCGCUUAGUAUCUAGAUAUAUCCACUUAAGUAUACCUCACCAUUAGACGGGCUUGGUUGUCGCCUCACUGCACAGGACUGGGGGAACUCAAGCAGUCAGGUUCGGAGAGACCCUCUCUUCUGAGAACAGCAGAAACCAGUAACACGCAUCCACAUUACAGGUGGGUAGUUCUCCAAGUGAGAGCAAGAUUCUCUUAGUCUUAUAUACCUGUCUUCAAGUACAGUCAGUAGUUCCUUAUCAGUGCAGCCCAGCAAAAUACCUUGAUACAAGCGGCUGGAUGGACCUAGCAGUUGGCCAGACUGUUCAGGACCACCAGAACUCAUGCCAAGUCUUGUGCGGUUAAUUAGCACUUAUAUACAAGCUUUCUUUGUACUGUUCUAGAGAUGGCAACAUAAGUUGUUUGUGUGUUUUUUUUGUUUUUUUUUUGUUUUUUUUAUGGCAACAUAAGUUUCUCAAACUCCUGAAGUGCUGUCCGGUUAUAGUGCUGUGUCAGCUUAUUUUUUUUUUUUAAUUCUUUAUUUUUCAUGUGCUCAGAUUAACAGCAAGCACGCAGAGCCAAGACCGCUUCUGCACGUAUUUUCCUAACAUUUUGCAGUGUAGACGGCACUUUUUUAAUUUUAUUUUAUAGAACAUGAGGAAUACAGACAGUUUAACAUAAAGGUAAUAUAGAUUAGCAUGCUAGACCGAACGUACAUUUGACAUGGCUAGUAGCGCUGAGGUUUGUAAGUCGAAGGCAUUUCAGGUGCGAGAAAACUACAUGCUAUACCGAUUAACAUUUCUUAGGUUAGGUCCUUGAACGUCUGAUUAAGGUGCACAUUUUAAAGGAUAAAAUAAUAAUCAUGAGACACAGGCUAGCCAUUUUCGAUAGAUCUAAGAUGAGAAACAAAACUGAGUCCUGGCUAGCAUAACUUAUUAUUACUGGCUGGUUGCCAGCAAGGCUAGUCAGACAAGCUAGUCUAAAGCAGCGAUUAUGACAUUACUUGCUAAACACGGACAUGCUAGAUCUUGCUAAGUGAAACAGUUGAGUGACAGUUGUAAAAAUUACGAUUUGUGUGAAAUAUAAAAAAAAUGAUUCUAGUGACUACCUAUCAGUCGCUAUGUAGUUGGGUGCCCAGCGGAUGAAUUAACGUUGAGAUAUUAGUCAGGCUAGGUAACUGGUGGGAUGUAAAAUUAAAGUAAUAACAAAACAUGCAUGGUUUAUCAUAUGAGCUUGACAUUGUUAAACUUUCACGGGUCAGCUGUAAAACACUGUGAUGAAACAACAUGUCUACUCAAUUGUAACAGUGAUAACAUUCCUUAUUUUUGUGUUUUUGAAAGAUUAUACAGUUGGUGUAUGUGCACUGAUAAAACAGAUUGUUACAGAAAUGGAAUAAACAAACAGGAAGGGUUCGUAACAAUGUAACAGACUAGAAUAGAGUAUGAUAUGUUGCAUAGUCCUUUCGAGGUUAGAUGGCAAUCAGUCAGUGUAUUAUGUAGGCUUUGGCUCAAGUUAAAAGUGUACAGCUUUAUGACUGGACUGUGCAGCUUGGUUUAACAUGUCGAGGAACAAUUAAGCUGGGUUAGGUAUGACUAGGUUUGAUAGCUUUUGUGUAUUUGUCUUGUCCACUUGUGGACGGUGGUGUGCUUGCUUCCGUUCACCUUGUAUCAGGUAUCUCUGUGCUGGGCCCCAUUUUGGGUGUGAAGACGGGCCAUGUAUUCCAUUGUGUUGGUUUAUAUUCAUUCUGGUGUUGUCUGUGGGCUUUUGGUUGAUUUAUGAGGAGUGUGGGAAGGGCCCUUGGGGGUCAUGCCAUGAUGCUGGGAGGAUGUUCCCCUGGAGGCCAUUUUUUCUAGGUGCCGUCCUGGCGUUAGUCUUGUGUCUACAGUACUUUUUGGUUAUGUUGAGUGCUCUCACCCAAAGGUUUGGAAUGGCCUGGGGAGCGAUCUGUUAGUCAUUGUUGUGUAUUCCUCUUUUUAAUAAAAACAAGGCAUUUAUGUUGACAUCUUGGACGAAAUUGCUGAGUGGAAGGGGAGAUGUCCAACUUGGCAGGUGGUUGUUGUUGUUAAUAAUAAUUAUCACCACCAUUUAUAUAGCGCCAACAGAUUCCGUAGUGCUUAACUAUAAAUAGGACAAUUACAAGAAAACUUACAGGAACGAUAGGUUGAAGAGGACCCUGCUCAAACGAGCUUACAGUCUAUACGAGGUGGGUUAUAAGACACGUUAGGACAGGAAAUAUGAAUCAAAGAGGGUGGGAGUGAAGCAGAGCUAUAGGAGAGAGUAAAGUGCUGCCCUUUAGGAGAGAGCAAGAGACAGGUAUGUGAGGUAGAGGUUACUCUGGGAGGCCAUAAGCUUUCCUGAAGAGAUGGGUUUUUAGGCUCUUCUUAAAUGAUUGAAGACUAGGGGAGAGUCUGAUGGCGGUAGGCAGGCUAUUCCAUAGGAAAGGAGCCACCUGCGAGCGGUCCUGCAAGUGCGAGUUGGCCGUACGGGUGUGAGCAGCGGUCAGGAGGUGGUCACGGGCAGAGCGGAGGGAACGAGGAGGGGCAUACUUCUGGAUCAUUGAGGAGAUAUAAGAGGGGCUAGAAUUGUCCAGUGCUUUAAAUGUAUGGGUUAGCACUUUGAAUUGACUCCUAUAGGAUACAGGGAGACCAUGUAAGGACUGGCAGAGGGGUGAUGUGUGAGAGGACCGACUAGAGAGGAAAAUCAGACUAGCUGCAGCAUUCAUUAGACUGUAGCUUUUGGGGAGACCCCUCAGGAGAGGGUUAUAGUAAUCCAUGCGGGAAAUUACUAGAGCAUGGACACGCUCUUUGGUUGCAUCUUGUGUAAGAAAGGGGCGGAUGCAGGCUAUGUUUUUGAGUUGGAACCUACAGGAUUUGGCAACAAACUGGAUGUGAGGUUUAAAGGUGAGACCAGAGUCAAGUAUGACGUCAAGACAGCGUGCUUGCAAGGAUGGACUUAUGUGGAUAUCACUGACUUGAAGGGAGAGCGAGAGAGGAGGAUCAGUAUUAGGAGGAGGAAAGACAAUGAGUUCAGUUUUAGAGAGAUUGUGUUUCAGAAAGCGUGAGGACAUCGUCAGAAAUGGAAGAAAGGCAAGCAGUGACACGUUGCAGGAUGGCAGGGGAGAGGUCCGGGGAGGAGAGGUAUAUCUGAGUGUCAUCAACGUACAGGUGGUAGUUGAAGCCAAAAGAGGCAAUAAGCUUGCCAAGAGAGGCAGUAUAAAGAGAAAAUAGAAUGGACCAAGGACCGAGCCUUGGGGAACUCCAACCGAGACAGGACGAGGGGAGGAGGUAUGCUUGGUAAAGGAGACACUGAAUGAGCGUUGGGAGAGAUAGGAGGAAAAUCAAGAGAGGACAGAGACCGAGUGAUUGAAGAGUUUGAUGGAGGAGAGCAUGAUCAACGGUGUCAAAGGCAGCAGAGAGGUCAAGGAGAAUUAAUAUGGAGUAGUGACCUUUUGGAUUUAGCUGCGAUUUAGGUCAUUAGUGACUUUGAGAGCAGUCUCAGUAGAGUGGAGAGGGCGGAAGCCAGACUGAAGAGGGUCAAGGAGAGAGUUGGAAUCGAGGAAGCAAGACACACGGGUAAAGACAAGUCUUUCCAAAAGCUUUGAGAAAGGGAGCAGGGAUAUUGGAUGAUAGUUAGAGGGGAAGGGUGUGGUGUGUGUGUGUGUGUUUUUUUUUUUGUUUUUUUUUAAUCAGGAUAGGUACUACAGUGGCAUGUUUAAGGUCAGCAGGAACAGUGCCAGAAGAGAGAAGUUAAAGAUGUGUGUUAGGGUAGGCACAAGACAAGGGGCGAGAGAUCUGAUGAGGUGGGAUGGGACUGGAUCGAGCGGGCAAGUGGUGGGGCGAGAGGAAUGGAGAAGCGCAGCUACCUCUUGUUCAAUAGUUUCUAUAUUGUAAGGGGCCCAGGCUCUGCUUAUGUCAAGUCCUGCAGGGAUGUGUGCUGUGAGUCCUGGGUGUAGCUGUUUCAAUAUUGUAAGGGGCCCAGGCUCUGCUUAUGGCAAGUCCAAUAAAAUAUUAUGUUCAUCUAUUGUGGCUUACAUUUUUCAAGCCUGUUAUAGGUUCAUUGCAAAUCACUGUUUGCUGAAUUGGCACUGCUUUUUAAGAUUAAAUAUUGACUUUAUAUUUUGCAGCGUUUAUUUUUAUGAAAAUGUUGUUUGUGGUUUUUUUUUUUGUUUGUUUUUUUAUACCAUGUUCACAAAGUCCAUCGCAAACUUGCAAUUAUACUUGUUUGCUCUGUUGACCAUUAACCCUAUAACGUGACAUGCCAGCUUACAACUUUAAAGAUAUAGUUGUGAUAGUGACGAAUGGGACUUCUUUAACUGAGUGCUUCACUAUCUCUCAUCAUCUUCUUGCAGGUGCAGUGGUCCAGCUGUAACAUCUUCUCCACACAGGAUCAUGCAGCAGCAGCUAUUGCAAAAACUGGCGUCCCAGGUAGCAAUCAGUCUAUUUAUUCCUAAAGUAUACUGAGGUCAGAGGUGACUGUAUUCAUUUUAUUUUGGUAAAAUAACUUUGCAGCCAGUCCCCCUACCCUUUCCUAGGCAUUUGAGUAUAAAAAAAUAACAGUAUGUCCAAACCUUUGACCUGGAGGCACUUUUAUAUGUCACCCUCUAAGGCUCUUGAUAUAUGAUGUAAUUAAAGGAACACUAUAGGGUCAGGAACAUAAACCUGUAUUCCUGACCCUAUCGUGUUAAAACCACCAUCUAGCCCCCCUGCCCUCUCCUAAAUAUAGUAAAAUAGCACUUGUAUUCCAGUCUGAUAUGCCUGCUUGGCUGACAUCAUCAGAAGUGAUUCUCUGAGCCAAUCACAAUACUUUUAUAGGAUUGACUGAGACCCUCAAGGAGGCAGAUCAGAGCCAGCACAAGCCAAAACACAGCCCUGGCAAAUCAGUAUCUUCUCAUAGAGAUGCAUUGAAUCCAUGUAUCUCUAUGAGGAAAUUUCAGUAUAUUCAUGCAGAGGGUGGAGAUACUGAACGGCAGUACUGCACAGUGUGCAGCACUGCCCCAGGAAGAACCUCUAGUAGGCAUCUGAGGAGUGGCCAGUGGAGGUAUCACUAGGCUGUAAUGUAAACACUGCCUUUUCUCUGAAAAGACAGUGUUUACUGCAAAAAGCCUGAAGGGAAUGAUUACACCCACCAGAACAAAUACAAUAAGCUGCAGUUGUUUUGGUGACUAGAGUGUCCCUUUAAAUACAUUUUCAAGGCAAACGUUGAUUUCUAGGGACUUCAGUAAAGGAGCUGAAUGGGGACAAGCAGAUAGGAAAAGUCUAAAAAUGGAAAAAUGGUCAGUUGAGGGUAAACAAAGUAGGACUGGAUGGUGAAAUGAAAAUGGUGUCAGAGGCGGCUCUCUUUAGGCGGCCGCAUAAGGCCUCGCGGCCUCCUAAAUCACCUUUGGGCAGAGGGGGCUCAGCGGUUUGCCCAUAAUGCCGCCGGGUGCAUGGUCCCUCACAUCUGCCCAGAGAGCCAGCCUUCAGUCUACAGCUCCGCUGGGUGUGAGCUGGAGACUGAAGUGUCUCGCGGUCCUCAGCCAAUCAGAGCGUUGCCGCAGGUUACCACAACCCUCCUUCCCUCACUGCCGCUUGCUGCCUGCCACCCCUACUUCCCUUACUGCCGCCUGUCACCCCCUCCUUCCCUUAAUGCGACAGGGUAAGUGUGGCACGGUUGGAAGAGGGAGUGUGACAGGAAGAGGAGUGGUGAGCUUGACAAUGUGUGUAACAGGAUUAGGGGGGUUAAUGUGAUAGGGUGAGUGGCAGAGCGAGGGGAGAGGAGUGCGGUUUGGUUGGAGGGGGUAAGUGUGACAGGAUCAGGAGGGGUUAGUGUGUGUGUGUGUGUGUGUGUGGAGAUGGUGAGAGGGUGGCAGUGAGGGAAGGAGGGGGUGACAGGUGGUAGUGCUAGGGAAGGAGGGGGUGACAGGUGGUAGUGCUAGGGAAGGAGAGGAUGACAUGGGUCAGUGUUGGAGAAGGAGGGAGAGACAGGUGGCAGUGUGUGGGAAGGAGGGAGAGACAGUGAGGGAUAGGAGGGGCUGCCACCUGUCUCCCCCUCGUACCCUCACGCUGCCACCCUCUUACCAUCCUCUAACACACACAGUCACCCCCUUAACCCUGCCACACUCACAUUAACCCCUCCUGAUCUUGUCACACUUACCCCCUCCAACCAAACCGCACUCACCUCCCCUCGCUCUGCCACACUCACCUUAUCAAAUUAACCCCCCAAUCCUGUUACUCACCUUUUCUCACUGUCACGCUCCCUCUUCCAACCGUGCCACUCUUACCCUGUCGCAUUAACACCUCUAAUCCUGUCACACUCACCCUGUCAAUUAACCCCCUGAAAAUAAACCUCACAUUCACCUCCCCUUUCCCCAUCACACUCACUCUGCCAACCAAUGCCACAUUCACCCAAUCCUGUGAUACUCAUCUCCCCAACCAUGCCAUAUUCACCCUGUCACAUUAACAAUUAAAUCCUGUAAUACUUACCUCCACUCACCCUGUAACAUCCCCUCCUCCAACCAUGUCACACUUGCUCUUCUUUAUUCUUUCCACUAACAUCCCAACCCUGUCUCAUUCACCCCUUCGUCCCGUCACACUCACCCUGCCACAGAUGCCAAUUUAUUCACAGAAACAUACAAGAAUACUCGCUGUAAGACACACACGCUCAAGCACAUAUACAGGUAGACAAUGCCAGACACACUCAGAAAUACACACAGGCAGAUAUACACAUUGUGACUGACUGUAUGUAUGUAUUGGUCAAUAUUUUUGUCUCUGCAUCAGUGUGUGUGAAUGCAUGUGCAUGUAUUAGAGUUUUAUAUGUGUGCAUGUAUUAGUGUGUCUCUGCCUGCAAUGUGAGGGUGGUAUGGUAUAGGUUGUGCAAAGGUAAAGUUGAAAGCAACAUAUACCGUAUAUACUAGAGUAUAAGACGAGUUUUUCGGCACAUUUUUUUUUUGUUCUGAAAAACCACCACUCGUCUUUUAUACUCGAGUGAGGAUCUGUAUUAUGGCAACUUACAUUGCGAUAAUACAGACAAGGACCGCCGGGCUCAUUACAAGCCCGGCAGUCCUGUUGGGGGCUGGCAGGAAGCGUUUACUUACCUUUCCUGCAGCUCCCGUCAGCUCCCUUCUCUCUCCUCCGGUCAGCUCCCCUGCAAGUCUCGCGAGAGCCGCGGACUCAGACCGCGAGACUUACAGGGGAGCUGACCGGACCGCAGGAGAGAGAAUGGAGCUGACAGGAGCUGCAGGAAAGGUAAGUAAACGCUUCCUGCCAGCCCCCUUCUACACAGUGCACACCACUGGACCACCAGGGAAUGAGCCCCCCUCCCUGGCCAGCUAACAAGCAGGGAGGGGGGGGGGUGAAAAAAAACAAACAAAUUUAAAUAAAAUAACAUACAAAUAUUAAUAUAUAAAAAUGCCCACCCCCACCAAGGCUCUGCAUCACAUACACACAUACACACACACACAUACAUACACCCACACUCUGCACUCAUAUACAUACACACACACACACAAACACACACACACACACACACACACUGCACUCAUAUACAUACACACACACACACACACACACACACACACAUCUAUAUAUCUAUAUAUCUAUAUAUAUAUAUAUAUAUCUAUAUAUAUAUAUAUAUAUAUACACACACACUCUGCACUCAUAUAUAUAUAUACAUACAUAAACAAACACACACACACUCUGCACUCAUAUACAUACACACACACACACACACACACACACUCUGCACUCAUAUACAUACACACACUCAUAUACACACACACACGCACUCUGCAAUCAUAUAUACACACACUCUGCAUUCAAAUAUUCAAUUAAUAUAAUUUUUGGGGGAUCUAAUUUUAUUUAUAAAUUUACCAGUAGCUUCUGCAUUUCCCACCCUAGUCUUAUACUCGAGUCAAUAAGUUUUCCCAGUUUUUUGGGGUAAAAUUAGGGGUCUCGACUUAUAUUCGGGUCGACUUAUACUCGAGUAUAUACGGUAUAUUAUAUUCAUUCAUUCAUACAUACAUACAUACAUAUACAAUAUGUUGGGAAACACAUAUAGAAUAAUAUACAUGUAAAGUAUUCUAGCAUAUGUGGGGAAAAAAUGUCUGACACUGUUUUCUUAUCUGUAACUAUUAUUGGUAAAAAUUAUUUUUUUAAAAGCCCAAUCAAAAUUGUAAUUUUGUUUCCAAUAACCCCUUCACACUUGCACUUAUGUAUACAUGAUGGCCAGGUUAUACGACCAUACCCCGCAAUCUUGUAAAAACGAUGUGUAAUUGCAAUUUAAAUUAGUUUAUUGCAAAUUAUGUCAUAACUGCAGUCUCAUGGCUCACAACAGAGCGGCACAGGAUGCUGCAACAAUGCAAGUCUCUGAAGAGGAAUACAGAGACUAGCUCUCUGUAUCCAACGCUGCAAGCCCACCAUUCAAUAUAGCUUCUUAUACACACACACACAGCAACCCUACUUUUUUUUUUUUUUACUAAUGGUGUUAGUGGGGGACUAAUGUUUGUUUCGCCUAAUGCCUCGUAAAGUCUAGAGCCACCCUUGAAUGGGGUCUUGUCAUUUCUAAUGGUGUAACUUGAUUUCAGCAGGAGAUCAAGCUCUCGGAUUCAUAGACAUGUCAACUUUGAUUUGGCUAUCUGGGGGAGGGGGCAAGGGGUCGUUUGUCUACGACGUGUAUUGUGUCAUGGAUAGUUUUCAUUCUUACUAGGAUGACAGGCUGCCUGACACGGCAGCCAGUUGGGGCUGCUCAAGUGCUCUGAAACUCACCAGGCUGUGUGUAAACGGAUAGCAGCUGUCCUAUGAAUGGUGCUCCUUUAUAUCGAAUAGCAGUUCCAAUCAUCACGUAGGAUGAUUGGAACUGCUUAAUAAACUACUUCUACCAAAAACCUUUGCUGGACAGAGGAUUAUGGGAUUCUCUCAGGCCUCUUAUACUAGAAUGAGAUCCACUUAAGUGAAACGUCUCAUCCUAGGAUGGUAACUUAUUUUAAUAUUGGAGAACUCUUUUUAUUAUGCUGAAUUCCUUCUGAAACCCUUUGCUCACAGUGUACGCUUGGAAAGGGGAAACAGACGAGGAGUACAUCUGGUGUAUUGAGCAGACCAUUUUCUUUGCUGAUGGGAAGCCUCUCAACAUGAUUCUUGAUGAUGGGGGUGACCUUACAAACCUCGUCCAUACUAAAUAUCCUGAAUUGCUGGCAGGUGAGUGUCCAUAAUCCUUUACUGUGAUUUCUUUCUGUGGAUGUUUUGGUACUUUCUUUUGAGAAUAAUUAAUAAUUUUUUUUUUUUCCAAGUACUGUAACGUUUCCUUUUCUUGUCAGUAGAGGGCAGUAUUAAUCCAGUGUGUUUGAAAUUUUCUUUUUAAAGGAAAUUUGUGAAUUUGAAAAACUAAUUGCAAAGCUGCAUCUAUUGCUGGAUUUAGCCAAAUCUAUUUUUACCUAAGCUUUACAGUUUUAGGUGAAUAAACCAUUUUAUAUGGUCUACUGCUGUUUCUCAACUGCUCUGUACAGAGGCGCGCAAUGCUUGAAUUCCUUAUAGAACCAUUUUAAAGAAACACUCCGAGGGCAAAAUGUAAAAGAAUAAUCUUAAAAAUCACUAUUUAGUACAUGGGCAUAACACACGCACAGUGACAUUGGGACUUGGGCAGAUCUCAUAUUAAUUCAAGUUUAUAAGAAAGGAAAAUUAAAAACAUUUUUAUUUUUUUAUUUUAUUUCACUCCAGACAGCUUGUUAUAGUGAUUUAAGAAAAUGUCCAAAGCAUUACUAAGUUUGGGUCCAAACAUGGGGAAAAAAAAUACUCCAACUUGGCUACUCAUCCUACUCUACUAUUUUGGUCUAAAAUAAAAUCUUUUUUCCCACCCUUCCCCAGUUUCUGAUAAAGGCAAAAAUGUUGUAAAGUAAGUGACAGUCUUGCUAGCAAAUGUAAUGUUGAAAAUACUGUAUCUGCAUUUACAUACUCACACUACAUCUGUCAUGUCCUACCAGGCAUUAAAGGUGUCUCCGAAGAGACCACCACUGGCGUGCACAACCUGUAUAAGAUGAAGAGCAAUGGUACCCUCAAGGUGCCAGCUAUCAAUGUGAACGACUCUGUAACAAAGGUAAGGUGUGAAAGAGGAGAUAUGUGGAUUAUAUCCAGCCAUGGUUAACCUUUCACAGCACUUUGUACUUGUGCUUCUCCUAAUGGUUGUGAAAUGCAUUUCACAUUACGUGCCAGUUGUGGACCUGUAGUUACCGUGUAUGGGCUGGUGUUGCAUCAUGUCAAAUGCAGGUCAUAAUCACCACUUGUUUUUUUUUUUUUUUCCUGAUCUGUGUGCCUUCAAACUCUGUUAUGGAAAUAAUUAAUUUAUAAACAUGCCUCCUGUCAGAAUUUCCUUGGACAUACCCUACUGUGCUGCAUAUAAUUGCACCCUGGACUACAGUUAAAUACAUUCUCUAAUUUCUGUAUGUGUUGUGUGUUUUUUUUUGUUUUUUGUUUUUUUUUUGUUUCCCCCACCUCAGAGUAAGUUUGAUAACCUCUACGGUUGCCGUGAGUCUCUGAUCGAUGGUAUUAAGAGAGCCACUGACGUUAUGAUCGCAGGGAAGGUGGCAGUCGUAGCUGGGUACGGGGAUGUUGGGAAGGGCUGUGCUCAGGCCUUGAGAGCCUUUGGUGCCCGUGUCAUAAUCACAGAGAUCGACCCAAUCAAUGCAUUGCAGGCUGCUAUGGAAGGUAAGCCUGGAGUGUAACUAUCAAUGUUUGGGGCACCUCAAUGUGGUGAAUCUGAAACUCUCUAUAGCAGUAGGUAACACAAUACAGUCGUUACUAUUCACGGUUUCUUCUUCUGUGACUAUGUAUGGCAAAAUUUUCUGCUCCUCUUAACAAUGUCUGUAAAAUUGUUAAUAGCCAUUUACAAAGAUAUAUCAUCAUAAUGACCAUAACUAAUGAAGAUAAUGUUGGUAUUUUCUGUAAAAGUCUACAUUUUGCUUGUUGAAGGUUUGUUAUAACCGGUCACUAACUCCCUAGGUUAUGAGGUCACUACCAUGGAUGAAGCUUGCAAAGAAGGCAAUGUUUUUGUUACCACAACAGGAUGCUCAGAUAUUGUAGAAGGAAGGUAAGAAAAAUAAAAAUAUAUAAAAUACCCUGUGGUUGGAUACUUACUUGGCAGGGGAAGGCCUACCUAUUGAGUGUUGGCAGUGGUCUCUAGAGCUAUUUGUGGUCCAUACCUAGGUCCGUUUUAACUGUUGUACUAUCUUUAGGAACCGCUGUAUAACUACAAGAAUUUUCACUGACUAUUAAGGGAUUAAAUGUGAUCAGUCCACCUUGACAGCAACAUAACAUAUAUUACUUAUUUUUUAUUUUUGUCGACUGUUUCUUUCAAAAGCACAAGUUGUAAAAGGAUUCUGGAGAGGAUCUCAUCUUGUUAAAUCUAUUCUCACAGGCAUUUUGAACAAAUGAAAGAUGAUUCCAUUGUGUGCAAUAUCGGGCACUUCGAUGUCGAGCUUGAUGUAAAGUGGUUGAAUGAUCACGCAGCGAAGAAAGUGAACAUUAAGCCACAGGUACCUCUCUGAAACCAACAAUGUCUUAUCUGGAUGCCAUACAUGCAUAGCUAAAUAAAGUAAAAAAUUAAGAUAUUUUUUUUUUUUUUUAAAUUUAAUAUGAGCGACCUGCUUUUCAGAAUCUGUUGACUUAAUUAUUAAUAAUUGUGUAGUUAUUACAUUUAAUUAAAGCACCUCCUCACCCUGCAGGUGGAUCGUUACCUUUUGAAGAAUGGAAGACACAUCAUCCUACUGGCAGAAGGGCGUCUGGUUAACUUGGGGUGUGCUAUGGGUCACCCCAGCUUUGUUAUGAGUAACUCAUUCACCAACCAGGUCAUGGCUCAGAUUGAACUCUGGACCAACAAUGAUAAAUAUCCUAUUGGUGUCUAUUUCCUGCCUAAGAAGGUAAGACCUAUCUUAACACUGAAUUUUUACCUUUGUGUUGAUUCCUGCCACAUGUACUAGUGAUGGUGUUUUAAACCUAUACCACCUCCAUGUUAAAUGCAAAUAACUUGUCUGACAUGCUACAAAGUUCAAAAUAUCCCAGAAUUUCCUGAUCUUAGACUUGCAAUGAGAUCAUGGGUAAUAAUGACCGAUGUAGCUGUGGGAAAUACAUUUCGAGGCACAACCUCUAUAUUUUACAGUAGCUUCUGCUGCACACCUAACCCUAGUAAAUGGACUCUCCAGUGCCAGGAAAACAAUCAAUUUUCCUGGCAGUGCAGGUCCCCUCUCCCUCCCACCUCCCAUCCCUGGUUGCUAAGGGGUCAAAACCCCUUCAGUGACUUACCAGAGGCAGCGCCAUGUCCCACGUCGCUGCUUCUUCCUCUGCUCACGCUCCUCCCCUUCAUCACGUCAGCCGGCGAGGGAGACCUAAUGCGUGGCACCAAUGCCGCGCAGGCGCACAAGACCUCUCCAUAGGAAAGCAUUGAAAAUGCUUUUCAAUGCUUUCCUAUAGGGAUUUUAGCGACGCUGGAGGUCCUCACACAGCAUGAGGACGUCCAGCGACGCUCUAGCACAGAAAACCUGUGCUAGAAUCCCGGAAGUCCCCUCUAGUGUCUGUCUGAUAGACAGCCACUAGAGGAGGAGUUAACCCUGCAAUGUAAUUAUUGCAUUUUAUAAAAACUGCAAUAAAUACACUUGCAGGGUUAAGGGUAGUGGGAGUUGGCACCCAGACCACUCCAAUGGGCAGAAGUGGUCUGGGUUCCUGGAGUGUCCCUUUAAUAGUGUGUUAGAUCUUUCUCCAAUGCCGCACUUUUAGUCCUCUUCACCAGCAAACCUAGUAUUUAACUGGGCCCUCCAAUAAUGACUAAUUACUCGCCCGAAUGCCAAAAUCAAAGAACUACUAAUGAUGAAAAUCUUUGGCAGAAACUGUAGCAUUUUUUUACUUUCGAAGACCCGCACAUACCCGAGCCUGUAUAUACAGCAGCUGGCGGGUAGAUUUUAAUAAAGUGCACCUAGUGUUAUUGUACAUUUAAUUGAGUGGCACCCUGCCUCUCGUUUAAAUUGUUUUUCUGUGCUUAGCCAGAGGCAGAACAUGACAAACCACAAAAACUCCUGCUGUCCUUGUCAAACCGCAUCUGGUUGUAGUGCUGUAAAACUAACUUGCUGUAAAUGACACCGGAAACCUAACUAAAACUUUUUUUUUUAAUAUCCUUUACAGCGGAGGGAAGAAAGAGGGGUAAUUGGAGGAUAUGGGUAUAGAUGGAUUUGUAAAGUAAAAAUUCUGCAUUGUCGUGUGUGUGUGUGUGUGUGUGUGUGUGUGUGUGUAUAUGUGUGUGUAUAUGUAUGUGUGUAUGUAUGUGUGUGUGUGUGUGUAUGUAUAUAUAAUUUUCUUUUUUUUUUAAAUCCAACUUAAUUCCUUAAAUUGACGCAGGCUUUCUUGAAAUCUUCUUCUUUUUCAUUAAUCGUCACUUCACGGUUAUUCUUUUGAAUGUACGGCCUUCUAUAAAGUAUUUCUUUCCCACCUUGAGGUUGUGUCUCAGUUCUAGUUUUACUCUCCCCUAGGAAUUAACUUUUUUUUUUUUCAUUAAAUAAAACGUAAACUGGCCUGCUAAUUGGUAUUUGAAAAACUUUUUUGUCCGUACUGAUAUUUGAGGUAACUGUAGGAUUUGUUUACAGAAGGUACAAUCGGUGUAAAAUGUAUGUGGCUUCAAAUCUCUGUAGUGCAAGAACAUAUUAUGUGCAGUGUAUGUUGGGUUCCUGCUGACUGUAACGGGUGGAUUAUUUAUCGGAGUCUGACCAACAUUGUAUUUUUUUUUUUUCUUUGCAGCUUGAUGAGGCUGUGGCUGCUGCCCACCUGGACAAACUUGGUGUGAAGCUCACCAAACUUUCUGACAAGCAGGCCAAAUACCUUGGUCUUGAUAAAGAAGGUCCAUUCAAGCCUGACCAUUACAGAUACUAAAUCUUCUAAACUGACCCAAAGAUCAAUGAGAAAACCGUUUUCUAAGAAUCAAUACCUCCAUAUGCUUUUAUUUGGACAUGUGGUUGAUGAGGACCCUCUACUAAUGAACCUGCUCUCUUCCUGUUCAACUGUCUCGCGAUGUGCUAGGUUUUUGGUUCCCUCAAGGAUAAAACAAAAAUUUGGUAUUUUUUGUUUUGUGUUCAUUUGUGAAUUUUUCCAAAGGCCACCUCUAGGUAGUUUGAUUCUCCAAUGAAACAUCCUUCUAUAAAAAUGGAAGACUUUUUGUGUAAUUUGUCUUUGUUCAGUUGCUUCGUUUUACCUAGGUCUACUCAUUUCCUUGCUUACUCUAUUAGAGUUUAUAUAUCACACAUUUUAUUAUAAUCUGCUCUUUCUAUAUGUGCGUUAGGAAACUUGCAUUAUACUAACAUAUGUUGACACCCCACCUACCUAAAGUAUGGUAGUGAAACCCAGAACCACACUGGGUAGUGAAAUAAUUAUAUAAAACCUUUUCUGAGUAAUAUUGCAAAUUAUUUAAACUAAUUUCUACAUUACUCAAAUAAGUCUAGUAAUUAAAGGUUCACUCAAAGUACAGUAACCAGUGUUGCCCUCACACCGUAAGCGGUCAAAGUGUUCUCAGUGUGAUUUGACAACUUACCUUAGUUCUAUGGAGUAGGGAUGUGCAUGGGCAAAAGUUUCAAUUUGGCGGUUCGCUUCGGCACUUCUGAAAUUUGGCAAUUCCCUAACCCUACUAGGGUUAGUGGAAGGUUGGUGUGAAGGUCAGAUUCCUGUCAUCGUUCCCUUAAUUUUCCCUCCCUCUCCUGUUUUGCAACUUUUCAGAAAUCUGAACCACUUCGGCACUUUUGCAAUUUGGACAUUAGGAAGCAUCCGAAUGUUUGAAUUGUCAAAAUUCAUCAGAAUUUAAAUUCAGAGCAAAACAAAUUGCACAUGUCUACUAUGGAGUGCCUAGGUCACAUCUAGUCUUCUACAUCACGGGAAGCCCAAUGUUUCUAUAAAGCAUGAGUGCUGGGCCAUGCUGAUUGGGUGAACGUGUCUGGCCUUGUUCUUUUGAGCAAUCUGGCAUUAACAUAUUUUGCAAUUAUUAAACCAUAAUCCUAUUGCUUGCCAGAUUUUUCUUUAACCAACUAUGAAGCAACUUCUGCAGAGCUAGAGCAAAUACUGGAACCAAGUACAUUUUAACAAGUCAACCUUUGAGCAGUCUUGCAACUACAUCUCAGCCAAGGUAAAUAAAGUUUAAAGGUGAUGACUUAAACAAAUAAAGCUAUGCAGAGAAACAGAACGUGAACCCUUUUGGUAAAAGACAUUCCAAAACAGGCUGCAAUUAAACAGGAGGUUAAAAGAAGAGGGGUAGAAAAGAUUUGGGGGGGGGGGGGUUUUGUUUUUUUUUGGCUUGCAGGCUCCCAGUUCUUACUAGAAAGACAAAUGGGGUUGGUGGUGAAACAUGGCUUCUCUGCAUGUUCUAUUGUGCCACUAAAUGCACACGUGAUCUGAAAAAAAUCUUAGUGACUUAUGAGCAGCUGGUCUCUUCUCCAAAUGCCUCCCCAUGGAGUAUGACUUAACCACCCCCCCUCCCCCAGGGCCUGUAGAGAAGAGCAUUACCCACCCACACUAACUUAUGUCUGUGGGUGAACGAUUGGUGAGGUGUGUUGCACUAGGGCAGGUGUAGAUUACCUCUGGCACUCCAGAUGCUAUGGACUACGUAUCCUCUGAUGCUUUACCAGCAAUGUGGCUGAAACUCUCUUCCCUCCUCCAUUAGAUGCUCACCCAGUCUCCACUCCUUCAAAAAAAAUCAUUAGAAACCCACUUCUUCACAAAAGCAUAUCAAUUAAACUGUUAACUGUUGGUGCUAUAUAAAUAAUAUAAUAAAGAGCAUUAUGGGAGAUAUAGGAAACCAAAACAUCUAGAGUGCCAAAGGUUGAACAACUUCCGAUCUAUAUUGAUGGCAUACCAAAAACUGUUUUGAUUGAAGGGGUGAGAAAAGAGCAGAAAAGAAGUGAAGACCUGGAAGGUAAAUAUGGAGAUAAAUGGGGCAGAGAAGCUGGAGGUUAAAUAGUGGCAUGAAGACUGAGGAGCUAUAGACCAUAUGACUACAACGUCCUCCUGUCUAGGCAUCCACAUUGCAUACUUUUAGCUCUUUAACCUGGAUGGAAGUCACAGACAUCUGCUCCUCUUCACUGAUUUUGCUAGCAAACAUUAAUGUGGUCUCAAGACUGCAGGUUAAUUAUGACUAUCCAUUGAUCAUUUCAUGGAGUGUCUACAAAGUGGUCAUCAUUGGUGGGGAGGAGGCAGCGUGCUUAGGGUAGUUGUUCUGGUGAAUAUAGCCUGCCAUUACAGCCAUUUUCAUGUUUGUGUUUACAUCGCUGCCUAGGGAUACCUCUAGUGGCAGUCACUCAAACAGCCACUCUAGGUGCUUCCUGCAUCAGUGCUGCGCACUCUGCAUAGAGGCGUUAAACUUUCCUCAGAGAUGCAUUGAUUCAAUGCAUCUCUUUGAGGAGAUGCUAAAUGGCCAGCAUGGGGUGUGCCUCCGCCCCCUCCUCUUUGGCUGAGAUAAUCAGAAUUGACAAUCUCUGCCAAUCCAAUGCGAUUGGCUGAGAUCAUCAGAAUUUACGAUCUCAUUCAAACACCGAAUGUGACGGCAAAUAACCAUUUGACCCAUCUAAUCUGGCCAAUUUUCUUAAUACUUUCAUUAGUACCUAGCCUUAUCUGACAUCUUGGAUAGCCUUAUGCCUAUCACACGCAUGCUUAAACUCCCUCACUGUGUUAACCUCUACCACUUCAGCUGGCAAGCUGUUCCAUGCAUCUACUACCCUCAGUGAAGUAAUACUUCCUGAUAUUACUUUUAAACCUUAUGUCAUCUUGUUGUGGUAGUUUUUCUUCUUUUAAAUAUAGUCUUCUCCUUUACGGUGUUGAUUCCCUUUAUGUAUUUAAAUGUUUCUAUCAUAUCCCACCUGUCUCGUCUUUCCUCCAAGCUAUACAUGUUAAGAUCCUUUAACCUUUCCUGGUAAGUUUUAUCCCGCAAUCCAUGAACCAGUUUAGUAGCCCUUCUCUGAACCCUCUCUAAGGUAUCAAUAUCCUUCUGAAGAUAUGGUCUCCAGUACUGCGAACAAUACUCUAAGUGAGGUCUCAUCAGUGCUCUGCACAAUGGGUUUUCUGUGCUUUAGCCUCUUUCUACUGCUAAUAUCCUAUAGUGUCACUUUAACAAAAGUUGUAGAUGAUACUAAAUGUUUUACAUAAUGGUGUCUAAACCUGCAUAUCAAUCAGAAUGAGUCGGUUGAUUACAUAACCCAGAGCUUUUUAUUAAUUUAUCAUCUUCCCCCGCUUUUUAUUUAAAAUUGUUAAAAAAAAAAAAUCUACUGCAUGAUUAUAAACAUGGUGGUCUGCAGAGAUGUAGCAUAACUUUUCAAAAUUGGUGCCCAUGCAGUGGGAUAAGCUGCCAUUCAACUAUCCUGACCACUGGGUAAAUAUUGGAAGUAUUUAAAAAAAAAAAAAAAAAAAGUAAAACUUAGUUCCUUACCAUUUUUUUUUUUUCCAGCGCCAUGUGGUUGUGCCAUGGCUGUACAGCACUGGACUAGGAAGCACCUCUAAUGGCCGUUUGAGUAAUUGCCACUUAAGAUGUUCCGAGGCAGCAGUGUAAACACUGCUUUUUCACUGUGUUCUCUUACAGUGCUCAGCCUGCAGAGAAAUUCUAUAGAUACCAGAACUACUACAUUAAGUUGUAGUGGUUCUGGUGACUAUAAUGUCCCUUUAAAAAAAGAAAUAACAAAAAAUCCUCAUUACGCAAUAAUUAAAUGUUGAACCAUUUAUAAGAGAGAAAAAGAGCUAAUAAGACCGAAUUUACAGCAUUAAAAGGAAGAAUUUGUUAACAAUUUUUAAAAAGUGCUCUAUUGUCUAGAAAACAUUGUAUAUUUAUGGUCUUCGUGAUCUGCGCCUUGAUGUGCGCUUUUACACACAUGCAUUGUAUUCACAUUUCCUGAAGCACAUGGUGACCUGUGGGAGGAUUUACUUUGCACGUCAUUUAGGUCUUGCAAGAAUUGGCUCAGUUGCCUAUGACUAACAGGCUUUAAAUUAUUGAAUUAAGGAUAACGUGUCUAGAACAUGGGUUUCUAUAAAUCCAGACGGGGGUCUGCUAGUGUGACUAAGAACAUCACAAAGAUCUAUUGUUUGUGGACAAUGUGUAUCAGCUGUUGUUUUCGGAACGAUCAUACACAUUUCAAAUUUAUUUUAAAAUGCUUUUUUUCCCCACUCUAAUAUUUUAUGAAGAACAGUCAUUUAAAGAGCUUGUCAUACAGUAUAUCAAUAUGUACAUAAAAAAAUGUGCCUUGUUUUUUCCUUAUUAAAGGGAAAUGACACUCCCUUAAAUCGAAUCCAGGUUCCUAAUUCUUUUUUAAGUUCAGGCUCAUUAAAAUCUCCUUCUGUGCCUUCAAAGUACAGUGAGCUCAGGUCCCGACAGGUUAGGGAAAGGUAAGUAAUAAUGAUUAGAGGGUCCUUUAUGUGAAAUUCAGUUUGGACCCAAACGUGGUACUUUCAGCUAGUGGUAAACAUAGUAUAUUAUGCCCAAAUAUAUACGUGACUAUUUUUUGGUUUUUGGUCCAUGUUGUGCUAUAACCCAUUUUAGAGAAGUAUUAUAAUCCCACCGGGCCAGAGGCUGGUUACAAUUUUUAAACAGAGCAAAAAAAAAAAAAGCUAAAUUAUGGUUCCGGGGCCCCUGUCUAACCCCUGGGCCCUUGGGAUGGCUAAGAUUACCUAAUUGCAAAAUGGCUUCCAGUCACUACAAUUUCAGAAUUCAAACAAGCUCCCUAGUGAGAUGGUAGUAGCUAUAAAACAAAAUACAGGCAAAUGUAAAACUAAAGGCUUAUGGCCUUAGCACUAGAUAUAGACAUGUAAUCAAUGUGCCCAUAGGGCAGACAAGUUGCAGGCUGGACCCUAAGUACAAAGGCACAUGCAUGUAUUGGUGGCAGAAUAUAAAUUUCAGGCUCCAGUCCCAUGUUUUACAUAGGUAAACCUGAGAACAACAUAGCUGAGGGUCAGCAUGGCAUUAUAUGGGUUUCCAGGUUCUAAGGCAGUUAUGCUACCACACCUCUAACCAGCUGAUAUAUAAAUCCCAAACGGACGCACAGCCAUUUUGGAAAGCAACUCCACAAUACCACCAGUGACGUGCUUUGUAUCACAAAGCACCUGCUUGUGCCCUGCCCAUUUCCUCUCCUGCUUGCAUACACCCCAAUGUUGCUAUAUAAGGCACUGGGUAUGCUUACAUUCCACUUACAUAUUGUUCUAACACGCUCUAGAGCAGGGGUGCCCAAAUGGGGGAUCCACAGAUAUUUUCAAACUACAUCUUCCAUGGUGCUUUGUUAUUCUAAAGGCAUGCAAAGCAUCAUGGGAGUUGUAGUUUGAAAACAUCUCGGUAUCUACCUUUUGGGCACCCCUGCUCUAGAGGUUUGAUGCAAGAUUCAAGCUUAUAUAAAGUACUCAAUGUCAAUAGAGCAGCCGUGAAGCCGGGUGCCUGCAUAGUCAAUUUUCUUUAACAUGGAUGACAACAAUGGUUGUCAUUUAGCUGGUUAGCCCAUUAAUCUCAGCCUUUUACUUCUAUCCAUGUUUGACAGGAUUUAUACUGAUAAUGCGUAAGUAUAAAAUCCACGUUAUCAAGUUAGUCGGAUAGCGGUGAUCUCUGUCAGGAGAGGGCCCUGUUUUUGUCGACCUGCUCUCAAAUGGGUUGACAAAAAAAAGAUGGAGGUUGUCCCAAUACACUGAGUUCCGCAAUAUUAUUCUCAUUUUGGGUGACUUCUAAUAAGCCUUACUGUUUUCUUUCUUUUUUUCUUUUUUUUUUUUAAACGCAUUGUCAGUUACAUUGUGUGGUUAUGGCAUUUAACGAGUUACAUGAUUCAAUACAAAGACAUAAUGGUACAGACGGUAUGUUGCACUUUUUUUUUUUUUAUGCAAAGGAAAUAAACAGGCUUAUCAGAAAAGUCGUCAUGGCAUCUAAACAGGAGUUAUGCAAGACAAGUUAGCAUUAGAUUAGCAUAAUAGCUUUAACUGAGGAUACAUAUCAUGGCUAGUCAGACAUGGCGCCGUGAGUCAGUAUCGAUUUAUGUUGACAUGCUAGUAUUCAUAUAUAGGUGUUUUCUUACUUCACAGUUACUGCUUGUGCUCAGUAUCUUUUUAAUCACUGUUACUGUAUGUUUUCGUUUUCUAAAACAAUUGAUACAAAAUUAUUAUUUAAUUUUU